AUGUCUAACGCACCGCAACAAUGUAUUCUUGCAAUUGGAAAAACGGGCAAUGGAAAAAUCUUUACUGGAACAAUUUUUGGUGCGUCUACAAUAGUCGGGCAUAAGACCACAUCAAAAACGGACGAAGUUGCGGUUCAUGAUUGUGGAAAUGGACGUUUCUAUGUUGAUACAUUUGGUUUUGAUGAUUCUGAUGAGAAAAAAAGUGAUGCUGAGACCGCUCGCAAAAUUCUUCGUUCAAUGGAAUCAAUAUUGAACAAGGCCUUUAUGAUGCUUGCUAAAGAAAUAGCUCGAAAGUUUUAUAAAACAAAACAUGGAGAAUUUCCGUGCAACGACGAAGACCUGCUUAAAAAACCUUUAAUUUUUGCAAUUCUCCUAUUGAAAAGUUUACCGCGUACCAAUCUUUAUGUCAGAAUUAAUUUCAUAAGUGAUGGGUUAAACGGCGAUAAUGUUUUUAAAAGCUCCGAAACGGAACGAAUCCUCGCAAAGUACGAAUCACUAAUGAGGGAUCAUUUUGAGUAUCCGAUCCCUCUCACCUUCCAAAGGUUCAAAUGUUUAAAGUGUCCCGAAGACACUGAUCAAAGAUUGGCUGUUGCGAAAUGUCAUUUGUACGGAGAAUUGAUUCAUAGCAAAAAAAGAAAAGAUGUAAGAGACCGUAGUGUUGGCGCGAGUAUUUUCCGAGUUGUUACUGUGGGAAUCGUCGAUCUUUAUGACGAGAGAAGAAGGCCUUACAAUUAUCGUUGUUGUGGUCGUGAUAGAGACUCACAAGGAUGCACUCCCAAGUGUUGCAUUUCGGUUUUUGCAUGUUGUCGAAAGGAUAACAAUGGUUGCAUAAACGGACAUACUUGUUGCAAUAAACCGGUUGGUAGUACUAGAUGCAGAGAACGUUAUAAAUGUUGUCAACGUCUCGAACCUUGUACAAAGCUUUAUGAGUGA